AUGGCCCUCUCGCACAUUGGGAGGUUGGAUGGGUAUCAAUACGCCAAGGGUCGGUCCGCUGUUGUGCUCAGACAACGUUGGGAUGCAAAUUUCGAGAGAUUUUUGCAAAAUUCGAUCGGGUAUCCCAAAGUUCUAAUACCUCUUAACUAUAGUCGAUUUUUGGGCUAUAUCUUGAGCUAUCGCCACAGGGCUUGUUGCAAAUCACAUUGA